CUCGGUGGUUUAUCCAAGCAUUGAAUGCGGGGAAGUUCAGGGAUAUAAGAUGCAGCUCCAACAAAGCAAGCAGGGGACGAGGUCCCUCCCACACCGCACCCCUAGAGUACACACACAUAUGAGCUCAAAAGCUUCGAAACAUGUCCGAACCGCAGGAUAAGAAUGAUAGAGAUGGCAAUGAGAAGCCGCCGUACGGGCAGUAUCAGUUCGAUCUGUAUGCCCAGGCAAUCAUUGCCGGCCAGAAACCCAUUGUCACGACGGACCCAAACAAGCUAGAACAGGCGGCCAGAGAGGCCAUGACCCCCGAAGCCUUCAACUAUGUCUUUGGUGGCGCCGGCGAGCAGGCGACUAUGCAUGCCAACCGGCUGGCCUUUCGCCAGUGGAAGCUGAUCCCGCGCAUGCUACGGCCAACCCUGCCACGCGACCUCAGCGUUGAGCUGUUCGGCAAGAAAUACGACACCCCCCUCCUCAUGGCCCCCAUCGGCGUGCAAGGCGCCUACCACCCCGACGGCGAAAAAGGCGUAGCCACAGCCUGCGCCUCGCUCAACGUCCCCUUCAUCUACAGCACCGCCGCCACCACGCCCCUCGAAGACGUCGCCGCCGCCGCCGACCUCUCCCUCUCACCCACCUCCCCUUCACCCACCCCCCCAUCACCCACCUCCCCCUCACCACCCACCACAACCACCUCCGCACCGCGCUGGUUCCAGCUCUACUGGCCGCUCUCCGACACCCUCACCGCCUCCCUCCUCACGCGCGCCCGCGCGGCCGGCUGCACCACCCUAGUCGUGACCCUCGACACCUUCACCAUGGCGUGGCGGCCGCUGGACCUGGACGCGGGGUACCUCCCCCCCGUGCGCGGCGAGGGCAACGCGCUGGGGUUCAGCGACCCCGUCUUCCGGCGCAUGUUCGCCGCGCAGAGCGACGGUGACACCGUCGAGGAUAACGUGGUGGCGGCGAGCCGGGCGUGGCUGGCCGAGGCGUUCUCGGGCCAUGCGCACCGGUGGGAGGACCUGGCGACGCUGCGGCGGCUGUGGGGCAGCGGGCCGAUUGUGCUGAAGGGGGUGCUGAGCGUGGGGGACGCGGAGAUGGCGGUGCGGGCCGGGGUGGAUGGGAUCGUGGUGUCGAACCAUGGGGGCAGGCAGUUGGAUGGGGCGGUGCCGGCGUUGGAGAUGCUGCCGGAGAUUGUGGAUGCUGUUGGGGGCCGGUUGACGGUGCUCUACGAUUCGGGGGUGAGGACGGGGGCGGAUGUGUUGAAGGCGCUCGCGUUGGGUGCGAAGGCAGUGUUGGUUGGGCGGCCGGUGAUAUAUGGUUUGGGGGUUGCUGGGAGUGAGGGCGCUCGGCAUGUUCUGGCAGGUCUUUUGGCUGAUAUAGACCAGUCCAUGGGGCUGGCCGGUGUGCAGAAUGUGACGGAGCUGAACCGGAGCAUUUUGAGAAAGAUAAAUUACGGUGGCGACGUCAAGUCAUCCCUCUGAUGGAGACAUUGUUCGUCUGUCUUGAUGUACAUGUACAUAUAUGUGUGUUUGGGUCACGGAAUACUACAAGCCCGGAAUCGGGUUGACGCAUGAUAACGUUCAAUUACCCGUGCUCCGUGUCCCGUAUGAACUAGAAAGGCUUGCUUUGCAGCCCGGCUUCCGCGUGAGGUUACA